AUGCAGCUCCUCCAGAUCAUCAACAGAUCGGCGUUUCUAGCCUUGCUCUCUUCUCCAUUGUACGCACAUGCGCAAAGAUCCCAGAACGCAGAUGGGGAAGAAUUAAGCCCAUACAAUCGAAACCUGACGCUGCGUUUCUUCAAAGAUGGCCACGACGACACCUGCGACUACUACAACUCCCGCGACGCCUUGACCUUCACUACGGAUAGCAUUCCCGUUGUACAACACUGUUUCAGCCUUGCAGAUCUCUUUGGUGGAAACGCCACGCAAGGCUUUGUGAACCAGACAUCAAACCUUGGGUACAUCCCAUUUGGUGAAGCGAAUGCGGGUAUAUACUGGACGAUUCUCAACGCCGAAAAGUACGACAGAUCAGCCAACUACUCUCGCGUUCUGUACCGCUAUCAUGUAGCGAACCCAGCGGACGACAGAUACGAGCAGGGUCAUCUCACGAGUGUCUGGGUCACUAUCAAUGGAGGAGAGGACUGCUCUGAAGGCGAUCCUAACGAUGACGAAAACUUGCUGGAUUGGUUUGGGUACAACUGUUGGGGUGCUGAUGAGGGUAACUGUGGUAAUACACCUUACCCCAUAAAUAGCUUCAAUAUCUACCCUGGCGAUGCGGACAAUGAUCGCAGCUGCUGGCUGCAUUCGGAACUGGGCGCUGCUGUGCAUGGAUUCUCGUCUUCUCGGGCGAUAAUGGGAGCUUUUGCGAGUGUAUCUCUAGCUGUCUGGCUGGCCUUGUAG